AUGCCAGACCCCCCGCCGGCACGCUCAGGCCUAUACGCCAACCUCCUCGAGCCCAGCACUGCAAACAGCACGGCUUCAAUCUCCCGUGCGCCAGUUGUGUUUGCAGCUGCGGGCGCCAACAGCGGCAGCUCGAAGGAUGGGAAUUCUACUACAGGAGCUGGGACGGGAGCGGGAGCUGGAGGUGCGGGAUCGGGGCAGAAGAAGUUGAAUGCUGCAUCCCUCCGCUUCCAACCCACAAUCACAAAACGCCCGCAACCCACAAAACCCACCAAGCCCAAAAUCUCCAUGAAACCCAUCACCUCCACCACCACCGCUAACACCACAACCACCAAUACCACCACCACCACCACCAACACCACAACCGACCCCACCCCCUCCACCGCCCCGCGGCCCAUCACAAAAACCACGCUCGAGGAUUGGACCGGCGGCGACGACGACGUCAACGGCUUCUACUCAAGCACGUCCAAGCAGCACCACCGCAGCAGCAACACCACCGGCAGCAGCAACAAGAAGCGCCGCAAAAAGGCGCGCGACACCCCGCCGCCGCCCACAAACUGGGACGACGUCUACGACCCCAGCCGCCCAAACAGCUACGAGGAGUACCGCGAGGGCGACGAGAAGGUCAGGGAGAUGCAGGACUGGCGCGAGAGGGUCUAUGGCCGCCGCCACCACCGCCAGAGGGACGACAGCUGGGGCGGGGACAGCGACGAGGAGGACGGCGCGUACAAGGCGGCUGCGGCGGGGAGGUUUGCGCCGCCGAAGGGGUACUCGUUUGCGCCGCCGCCGUCGCUGGGUGGUGGUGGUGGUGGUGGUGGUGAAGUAAGGUCACAGCCGACGCCUCCACCACCGCCGCCGCCAGCGGAGGUGCCGGAUGAUGCGUCGGGAGAGGAUGCAUAUGCGCGCCGCAUCCGCAUGUCGCAGAUGGGACAAGCCGGGUACGGCGCUGCUGCCGCCGCAACACCGACCCCCCCCCCACCAGCACCAUCAUUCCACCCCCCGCCUCCCCCACCACCCCCACCACCGCCCCCCGUGCAGCCAGAAGCAACAAUCUCCCGCGCCCCCAUCCUCUACAACCACUCCGCCCCCGCCCCCGCGCCUCCCGCCUCCCCCCCACCAGCACGCCCCACCACCCCACCACCGCCCCAGCCCCCCGCCGACGAGGACCGCUCCACCCUCCCCGGCCAGGCCGGCUUCGCCCAACGCCUCAUGUCCAAGUACGGCUGGAAAUCCGGCACGGGGCUCGGCGCCGACUCCAGCGGCAUCGUGCAACCGCUCCGCAUGGUCGCCGCGUCAAAGUCCAAAGACCUCGCCGGCCGCGGCAAGAUCGUCGACCGCAACAAGCGCGCCAACCCCGGCGAGGGGGGGAUCAGCGAGGUGGUGGUGCUGGAGAGCAUGGUGGACGGGCUGCAGGACGAGGACGAGGCCGUGCUGGUGCAGGAGAUUGGCGAGGAGUGUGAGGGCAAGUAUGGCAAGGUGGAGAGGGUGUUUAUACAUUGGAUGGAGGGCCGCACGAAGAGUAGGGUGUUUGUGGUGUUUACUAGCCAGUUGAGUGCGCUGAGGGCGAUACAAGCGCUCCAGGGACGGCUCUUUAAUGGGAAUACCAUCGCCGCCAAGUAUUUCGAUAGGGACAGGUUUGAAAAUCGGGACUUCGACUAG